AUGAACUGGGAUAGCGAGUUCAAUUACAUUCAAGAAAAUGGACAAAUGAAAUUUGGAGGACCACCGCCAGGUUGGGAAGGCCCUCCUCCUUCAAGAGGAACCGAAGUGUUUGUUUCAAAAUUACCAAGGGAUGCUGGUCUUUCCGAGAUUUGCCCCAUCUUCGCUAGCAUUGGUAGAAUAUAUGCUGCGAGAUUGAUGAUGGACUUUUCGGGCACAAACCGAGGAUUUUGUUUUAUCCAAUAUGAAACUAAAGCUGAAGCCAAAGGAGCUAUAUCAGUCCUAGAUCGUUAUGAAUUUCGCUCUGGUGUAAAAAUCAGUGUUACAAAGUCAAUCGAUAAUUGCAGGUUGUUUAUUGGGCAGGUUCCGAAAGAACUGAAAAAAGAAGAAAUAAAAGCAGUCUUAGAAACAGUUACUAGUGGAGUAAAAGAUGUUAUAUUGUACUUGUCUCCAACUGAUAAGAGAUGUAAUCGAGGAUUCUGUUUUGUAGAAUAUUAUGAUCAUAGAUCUGCUGCUAUGGCUAGAAGAACAUUAAUAGCCACUGGUGGAAUUCCUCAAUGGGGGCGUGAUUUACGAGUUGAUUGGGCUAUUCCCGAAGAAGAUAUCGAUGAAGAAGUGAUGUCUCAGGUGACAGUUGUUUACAUAAGAAAUUUGUUAUUGAGGACAACUGAGAUAUCACUUAAGGAAGUUCUAUGCAAAAUAGUGACACCUGCUGAUUUUACGAGAGUGAAGAAAGUUAAAGAUUUCGCUUUUGUACAUUUCAGAACACGAGAAGCUGCUGAGCUAGUCAUCCAAUUCAUUAAUGGAUUUAUUUUAGAUGGAGCUGAAUUGAUUGCUACCUGGGCCAAGCCGUCACCUUGCGAUGAUUUGGAUGUAUUUGAAAAUAAAAAGGAGAAGGAUAAGAAGAAAAAAACACCGACUAAAAAGAAAAUAAUAAACGGAAACAGAAAAUUUAACACAAAUCAAAUGUAUCUUGAUGACGUAUCUUCCCCAGCUUUGAUCUCUCCUUCACCACCGCUUGUUUCAUCUUCACCGCCUCUGUUAUAUUCAACUGAGAACCUUUUGAUCCCUUACAAUCCACAACCUUUGUCUCCACCUGUGAAUAACUUUGCUGUUGUUCCACUCGUGUACCCUGGAAACAUGGAGUUCAAGGAAGAAACGUUGCAAGGGAUCGUCUCUAUGUACUUGCAGUUUUUUCAACCAUCAGUAGCAUUGCAGUACAUCAUGUUGCGCCUUGGCUGGGGAGACGUCUAUUACAAUAUCAGUUACAGUGUAGAUCAGAACUCUCAGAGGACCUUUUCGGCCGAGAUUAUGAUUAUAAGACAUGAUAAUACAGUUCACCGGCCAGCAGUUUACCAUCCUUUAGCUUCGACGCCCAUUGAUGCUAAAGAUUUUGCCGCACUUGUAUUUAUUAAUGUAUACCUUUCGGGCAGAUCCAUUUCUACUAAACUUUCCUUGACAUAAGAAUUUUUUUUUUGUGACUUAAAAUAUUGAAGUUAAAGUUCUUUAUUGCAUCAAAAGUUCCUAUUAUUUUUAAGUCAUGUUUAUU